UUCAGGUGUCAGUUUUGUUUUUGCUCGAGCCGAGUCAAACUAUUCACGACACAAGAAUAAACAACAAACACUUUACGGCAGCAAACAUGGCGUCUCACUUCAGCGGUGUGCUGCAGUUGACGGAUCUGGAUGACUUUAUCACCCCCUCUCAGGAAUGUGUCAAACCUGUCAAAGUAGAGAAGAAACAAGGUAAAUCUGUGGCCAAAAUACAGAUAGAAGAUGAUGGCAGUUAUGUCCAAGUCAGCCAGGAUGGUGGGAAGCAGAAGCUGGAGAAAGCGAAGAUCACACUAAAUGACUGUUUGGCCUGCAGCGGUUGCAUCACCUCAGCUGAGAGCGUCCUCAUCACGCAGCAGAGCCACGAGGAGCUCUUUAAAGUGCUGCGGAACAACAAGGCCAAUGAGGCAGAACAAAAGAUUGUGGUGGUUUCAGUGUCGCCACAGUCCAGAGCUUCUCUCGCAGCACAGUAUGACCUCAGCAGCAGUGAGGCAGGCAGGAGGCUCACUGCUUUCUUCAAAGGACUCGGGGUUCAUCAUGUGUUCGACACUGGCUUUAGUCGGACCUUCAGUCUGCUAGAGAGUCAGAGGGAGUUUGUGGAACGUUUCCAGAGGAAGGAACAGGACAGCAAGUCCCUGCCGAUGCUAACAUCUGCCUGUCCAGGUUGGAUCUGUUAUGCAGAGAAGACACAUGGGGACUAUAUUCUUCCGUAUAUUAGUCACACUCGCUCUCCUCAGCAGAUGAUGGGUUCUCUGGUUAAAGACUAUUUUGCUCGACAGCAGGGGCUGAGUCCGCAGCAGAUCUACCACGUAGCAGUCAUGCCUUGCUUUGACAAGAAACUUGAGGCUUCGCGGUCAGACUUCUACAUGGGCGAAGCAGAAACCCGAGAAGUGGACUGUGUCAUCACUUCUGGAGAGGUUCAGAGAAUGCUAGAGGAAGAAAACAUGUCUCUUAAUGAUUUGGAGCCUGCAGCCCCAGACACACUAUUCAGCAGUGUGUGUGGGGAGGACUUCGUGAGGCAUUCUGGGAGUGGCUCUGGCGGUUACCUCCAUCAUGUCUUUACAUAUGCAGCCAAGCAGCUGUUUGGUGAGGAGGUGAAGGAGCUCACAUACAAGACCCUCAAGAACAAAGACUUCCAGGAGGUGAGACUAGAGAAAGACGGUGUUGUCGUGCUGUGCUUCGCUUCAACGUACGGCUUCCGCAACAUUCAGAACCUGGUGCAGAAACUGAAGAGGGGAAAGUCGCCGUACCACUUUGUGGAAGUUAUGGCCUGUCCAUCAGGUUGUCUAAAUGGUGGCGGGCAGGUGAAGCCUUCAGCUGGUCAGAACCCAAAGGAGCUUCUCCAGAAAGUCGAGGAACUCUACAAGGCGGAACACUCUCAGCUGCCGGAAGAUGACGCUGGUGUAGCUGAGUUGUACCAGUCGUGGCUCCACAGCGUGGGAGAGGAAAGAGCCAAAGAGCUGCUGCACACACAAUACCACACUGUGGAAAAGAUGACCAACGGGCUCACUAUGAAGUGGUGAUGAAAGCUCCUCUUCACAUCACUGAAGAUUUUUAUUUUGAGCAUUUUUCUUCAAGCAGACACUGACUACUGAGCCGUCCAAAUUCACGUGACCGUCUUCAUGUCCCUUCAGAGGCGAGGUAUACGUGGAUAAAGUUGAAUAUAAAAGGUCUGAUACAUGCCAAUAUCCCUUUAAACCACUUUUCUCCUCAUCUGAAAGCUGCCUGCCUGGAUAUAGUGACACACCAGGUUAUGGAAAAAAGACAGAGCAAAGCCAAAUGUUGUGUCUGAGCUGAUAAUUUGCUCUUUCACUGCUGUCUGUCAUUUCAAAUGCAUAGAUUUAAUUCAUGUUUAUGUGGCACCUGUUACACUUUCAAAUAUGAGCUGAACUAAUACAAAGCUAAAAACGUAAUCAUUCCUUGUUGAAUUUAAUGAUUAUUCAUGCAUAUAUUUUGAAAAAUAAACAGAUUAUUUAAUGAUAGUUUAUUCAAUUCUUGUGCAAACAUGACGAAUAUGUGCAGAAUUCAGACUGAUAUGUUUUAUUAGAUAAUCUGGAGUGCAGUUAAAGGCUCUUGUACAAUGUGGCUGUAAACUUUGGAGUGAGAAGCAGCAAUUUACAUUCACAGUAAUGUACACUGUGUGUUUUUUUCUACCUUUGUGGUACAGUUAACAUAUUGGAUACCAGUCUGAGAAUACAAGGUGCAGUUUAAACGAGAAACUCACUUUUACAUGUGCAAUAAUAAGAAAAAAGAACAACCAGUAGAUAUGUACGUAGACAGAAAUGAGUCAAAAGGUUAAAUAAGAGAACACUACUAAGGUUACAAGACAGAAAUAAACAUCUAUAAACAAAAUUAGACAGUAUAAUACAAAUAAAUCAUACAGAAAUUUUCCCAAAACUAAUCGUUUAAAGCAAUAAAUACAUAUAAUCCCAUCAGUUUUACUGGAAGUAAGUAUCAGGAGACUUUACCUGGUGCAGUUAGUUUGUGCAUAAGAGACCUGGAGGCCAGUCUUUAUAUUAAUUUAGGAAUAUUUAAUAGAACCGGCCUUUUUGUGCAGACAUGGUUUCAUAACAACUAUAACUCAACCAACCUGGCAUCCAGCAGUUUAAACGGGUCAAAGUUAUGAGUUAAAGCAACAAACGCCUCCGUCUACAGUCUUGUGUCUUGCUGCAUUCAGUUAUUUACCUCCUGCUCCUCCUUGGUUUGUCCUAAUUUCAGAAACAGGACCUCAGGGUCGGAGCAGCCCCCACUCCAGAGCCAGCAUGGCAUGAGGAGGAAGCCUCUCCUUGGGCUUCUUAAAUUUGUCCUUCUCCUUCCGAAGGACCCUCAGCACCUCUAUAGGGUCGGUCUUUCCUGUGAACUUCUGCACACCUUCCUCCCUGGAGUAAAGAAAUGCAGAGACAAAGGUCAACAAGCGAGAAAAACACGAGAUUAUGGCAGGAAAUGUGUUGGGAUUUUAAAAAGUAGUCAUUUAUCUUGACAUGCAACCAACUUGUCAAGUAUAAUAAUUACAUUUUCUAUGGUACUGGUACACAACAUGAUUCAUUAUUAGGAAAGUGACUGUGUCUACACAUACAAAAUACACUAUAUUUGCGCUAUUACAGUCAGAUUUGGACGGUAACACAGCUUUGUUUGCCUCUGUAUGGAAAUAAAAUUAUCUUUUUUUUAA